AAUUUCUCUCAAUUCACUCCUAAACACAUUUGUAAUACAUUUCUCAACCACCUGACGCACAUCUAACAACAACACCAUCCUUUAUAAAGACAUUUCCGUGGAGAAAUGUUCUUAAAAUAAACUCCAACCACAGAAAUGCUGAGAAUCCAAUGCUUUAUUAUAAUUUAUCGAACCCUUGUUUCUUGAUAUAAGAAUAUCAGAUGACAUUGGCAUAACUGAAGAUACAUUCUCAUUAUUUAUCAGCUUUUUAAAGACCAAAAUGGAAAUAUUGUACAGAACAGAUAUAUAAGAUUGUUUCUAUAAGUCUGUGGCGGAAUUCCUCUGUUAUUAGCAAACUUUCUGCACAUCACUGGCUGGAGUGUUUACAAGUCUGUUUGCAAAUUAUACUGGGAUAAAUUUACCAAAGAGUUUAGGGACGAAGGUAACACUAGGCAGAAAUACGGCAGUUGAAAUCAUCAUCAUCAUCAUCGUCGUUUAGCAUCCGUUUUCCAUGCUAGCAUGGGUUGGACGGUUCUACUGGGGUCUGUGAAGCCAGAAGGCUUCAUCAGGCCCAGUCAAAUCUGGCAGUGUUUCUACAGCUGGAUGCCCUUCCUAACGCCAACCACUCCGUGAGUGUAGUGGGUGCUUUUUACGUGCCACCCGCACAACGUGACACCCUUGGAAUUAAAAGACUAUAGAAGCAAAAAGAAUAAAAAAAGAAGGUAUAUCGUGAUUUUUGAAGAAAAAUAAUGGAAAAAAGUGAGAAACUAAAAGAUCUGACUUUUCCAGAAGAUAAAGAAAAAGGGGGACAAAAAUUGUCACAUGACUGUGAUGUCUGUAAAAAGUCCUUCUCACAAAAGGGUCGCUUAAAUAUGCACAAAUGUAUUCAUACAGGAGAGAAGCCAUUUCACUGUGACAUCUGUGGUAAAUCAUUUUCUCAAAAAAUUAACUUGACUACACACAAGCGUAUUCAUACUGGAGAGAAGCCUUUUCACUGUGACAUCUGUGAUAAAUCAUUCUCUCACCAAAGUACUUUAAACGAUCACCGACAUGUUCAUACAGGGGAGAAGCCAUUUCAUUGUGACGUCUGUGGUAAAUCGUUCUCUCAAAAAAUUCAUUUGACUACACACAAGCGUAUUCAUACAGGGGAGAAGCCUUAUCGUUGUGGUGUCUGUGGUACAUCAUUCUCUCAACAAAGUACUUUAAAUAAUCACCAACAUGUUCAUACAGGAGAGAAGCCAUUUCACUGUGAAAUCUGUGGUAAAUCGUUCUCUCACAAAAAGAACUUGAUUCACCACAAACAUGUUCAUACUGGGGAGAAGCCCUAUCGCUGUGAUGUCUGUGGUACAUCAUUCUCUGACCGAAGUGCUUUAAAUUCUCACAAACGCAUUCAUACAGGAGAGAAGCCAUUUCAGUGUAACAUCUGUAAUAAAUCAUUCUCUCAGAGGAGUGCUUUAACUUUUCACAAACGUAUUCAUACAGGAGAAACACCAUAUUCCUGUAAUAUCUGUGGUAAAUCCCUUUCUGGUAAAAGUGCUCUAACUUAUCAUAAACGUAUUCAUACAGGAGAGAAGCCAUUUCACUGUGACAUCUGUGGUAAAUCAUUCUCUCAAAAAAUUAGCUUGACUACUCACAAACCUACUCAUACAGGAGAGAAGCCAUAUCACUGUGAUAUCUGUGGUAAAUCAUUCUCUCAAAGUGGCAACUUAACUGCUCACAAACGUUUACAUACAGGAGAGACACCAUAUCCCUGUGAUGUCUGUAACAAAUCUUUCUCUGACAGUAGUAACCUAAUUACCCAUAAGCGUUUUCAUACAGGAGAAACACCAUAUUCCUGUAAUAUCUGUGGUAAAUUAUUUUCUGGUAAAAGUGCUUUAACUUAUAAACGUCUUCAUACAGGAGAAAAGCCAUACCACUGUGAUAUCUGUGGUAAAUCAUUCUCCGUGAGUUGUAACUUAACUGGACACAGACGUAUUCAUACAGGAGAAACACCAUAUUCUUGUGAAAUCUGUGGUAAAUCAUUCUCUCAAAGUGGCAACUUAGCUUCUCACAAACGUUUCCAUACAGGAGAGAAGCUAUAUCCUUGUGAUAUCUGUAGAAGGUCAUUUACUCAACAUAGCAACUUAACUUCUCACAAACGUGUUCAUCAGGGGAAGAAGCAAUCCCACUGGUAUUUGCGCUAAAUCAUAAUCGCUAAGGGGUUACCGAAACCCUUUACCAUGCAGGUUAUUCUGUCGAAUGUGAUGUUUAUUUAUUCACAUUAUUUUUAAUUUGUCAUGCACAGGAGUGGCUGUGUGGUAAGUAGCUUGCUUACCAACCACAUGGUUCCGGGUUCAGUCCCACUGCAUGCCACCUUA